AUGUAUCACACUAUGUAUCCACCACAAAUAAUGGUGCAGAUAAUGGGUGGCCAACAGGCAAAUGGACAGUGUCCACCAGUUCAAACACAUACAAUGCAUAUUCAUGGUGCAAGUGCGUUCCAUCAGACUGAAUAUACAAAGUAUCGCUCAGAUGCUUGUUCACAGAAUAGACACCAAAUGAUACAGACAGGAUCUUAUCCACUGGAGCUAUUGCAAUUGAUGGGAGUUGAGGUACCAUCUCUACGGCAUAUAGAGUAUAUCCAAUCAAAUAAUGGCACCUCUUCGCAACAUUGGCAGAGACGUGUAAAUACAUCAAACAAUACACCUAUUAUACCAUCUCCACAUAUUGCCUUUAGGCCCAACAACAAUGGUUUAGCAAACAAAAAAUCUAAUUGGUAUAAUAAACUAAGCAAAAGAAAUUCUUUUCAAGAUUCUUAUAUAAACAAUGAAAAAUAUGGCAGUGAUAGUGGCUUCAGUUCUCGAUCUCCAACACCAAAUAAACAUCAUAUUGACAGUAGUCAAACAGAAAGCUCGGAUGAACGAGAUUCUGUAAUUUCUUCGGUUGAACAAAGUAUGAAGAGACUGUUUUGUUGUAGAAAAUCGCACAAAAUACAUCCAAAUAAUGUUACAAACAACAGAAUAAUGCAAUAUGGUAUAAUCUCAAAUACUUCCACACAUCAAUUUUAUCAAAAUCAAAGACCUGUUAAUUGUUAUCCCACUACCAUGUCAACAUCUAGGACUCAAGUACAAACUUACCAAAAUAAAAGAAGAUAUCAUUCAGGAAGGAACAGUCCACCUCCUCAAAGAUUACAAAGAAACAAAAGAUACAUGGGAUUAUUGUCACCUAAUUAUCACGCAUUUCCUAGAUACGGAAUUGCCCCAGAUCGGUUCCUCGCUAGAUCACAUUUAGUUGAAGUAACACGUACACCGGAGGAUUUACUUAAUGGAACAAUUUGGGAUAAACUUUCCAAAGAUGUUUGGUUAAAAUUCAUGCUAAAUCAACAGACUGAAACUGUUUAUAGGAAUAAAAUGAUGCUUUGGAGAUAUCUUUAUGUUUACAUCAAGACUGCAUUUCCUAAGUAUGGUCUGUUUUUGGUUGGCUCAACAAUGAAUGGUUUUGGAUCAGAUAAUAGUGAUGUUGACAUGUGUCUUUUAGUGAGGCAUACAGAAAUGGAUCAAAGGAAUGAAGCUAUUGGUCAUUUAGAACAAAUAUUGAAAUGCCUCAAGAGAUGCGAUUUUAUAGAACAAUUAGAACUUAUACAAGCAAAGGUACCAAUUCUAAAAUUCCACGAUUCGAUACAAAAUUUAGAGGUCGAUUUAAAUUGUAACAAUGCUGUUGGUAUUCGGAAUACUCAUCUUCUUUAUUGUUACUCUCGAAUUGAUUGGAGAGUGAGACCACUGGUACUCGUGGUUAAACUUUGGGCUCAAUCUCAGGAUAUUAACGAUGCCAAGAAUAUGACAAUAUCUAGCUAUUCCUUAGUUCUUAUGGUUAUUCAUUUUUUGCAGUGUGGUGUCAAUCCACCGGUUUUACCUUGUUUACAUUCCCUUUACGAGGGCAAAUUCGCACCGCACACGGACAUUCAUUGCAUAGACAUUCAAGAAGAACUGGACAUUCCAUCUACUGUACAUCGGCCUAGGAAUCGACAAUCUUUAGGGGAACUGUUUAUCGAAUUUUUUCGAUACUAUGUCAUGUUUGAUUUCAAUCAGUAUGCGAUAUCAGUACGUUUGGCUAACAAAAUACCGAUAGAAGAAUGUCGAAGGGCACGAUCUUAUAAAAAUGAUCCUCAUCAGUGGAAGUAUUUAUGCAUUGAAGAACCAUUCGAUUUAACCAACACUGCUAGAUCAGUCUACGAUCCGGAUGUGUUCGCAAGGAUCAAACAUGUAUUCGAUUGUACAUACCAGAACUUGAAGGAACAUCAUGACCUAGCCAGAAUAUUCGUCAAGGUAGAUUCUAAUUCACCGUAUAUCGUGACGUAA